AUAUAAACCUAGCAUAGACUGAAACCCUAGCUGCUGCCGCAUCCUCAUCAGGUUUAAUCGAUUGUUUGAAGUAGAUUCUCUCAGCAAGAAAAGCAAUGGCUCCUAAAGCUGAUGCCAAGAAAGGUGAUGUGAAAGCUCAGGCUUUGAAGACAGCCAAGGCUGUGAAGACUGGUUCCACAUUCAAGAAGAAGUCCAAGAAGAUCCGAACCACUACUACCUUUCAUCGCCCAAAGACAUUGACGACAGACAGAAACCCGAAAUAUCCUCGCAUCAGUGCCACCCCUAGAAACAAAUUGGACCACUAUCAGAUUCUUAAGUUUCCUUUAACAACUGAAUCAGCAAUGAAAAAGAUUGAAGACAAUAAUACUCUUGUUUUCAUUGUUGACAUCCGUGCUGACAAAAGGAAGAUUAAAGCUGCAGUGAAGAAGAUGUAUGACAUCCAGACCAAGAAAGUGAACACUUUGAUCAGGCCUGAUGGCACAAAGAAGGCAUAUGUUAAACUAACCCCAGACUAUGAUGCUUUGGAUGUUGCGAACAAGAUUGGAAUUAUCUAGGUUACCCCGUUGUUUAAGUUUAAGAGUUAUUGUCAAUUUGACAUUUUAUUAGUUUUGUUGUCUUGGAUUAUUCUAAAAUGUUAUGUUGCUUUGAAAUGCGGAUUCAAAUUUUGCUAAUAGUUGCAGUUCCUUUGUUUUGA